CUUACUUCUUGAGUGUUUACUUGACAAUAUCGUCAGUGCGGCAGAUGAUGGUCCACAAAACGAACUACCCUAUCCGCUGGAGGGGCGGUUGCAGUUGGAGUUGUUGCUAGCGAAUGGACAGACAACAUGGACGACCCGCGUUGUGUUCAAACUUCCAAGCGAAACGGUAGUUCCAGGUCGUUUUUAUCAGCCGGUUCCGCAGUGGCUAUGGAGAUUAAACGGAAGAAAAUACGACAGAGUACAUUAUUUCUCCAAACUGAGAACACUAAAAUGCAAGAAAAGCUUGACUUUGAGAUCAGAAUGCGGGAGGGUGCCUACAAGCUGCUACUCGCCUGCAGUAAGAGAGAACAGGUGCUUAACGCCUCCAAGAACCUGCUGACCUGUAACGCCAGGAUCAAGGCUUAUCUCACACAGCUGCAGAAGAAGAAAGAGGAGCAGGACAUGAUGGGAAAUGUCAUGAGAUUUUCAGAUCCAAUUUCAGAUGCCCGUGUGCCCUGUAAAGGGAAAAUUGCAAUGUCUGGGCUGCGCAUUCCUUUGAUGUGGAGGGAUUCAGCCUACUUUAACAACAGAGGGAGCUCCCGCCGAGUGGCCUUGUUCUGUCUGAUGCAGAUUGGCUCAGAGGUGUUUGACACAGAGAUGGUGGUGGUGGACAGAUCAGUCACUGACAUCUGCUUUGAGGGAGUCACCGUCUUUAAAGAAGUAGUUCCUCAAUUUGAGCUGAAGGUGGAGUUGUGGAGCUGUGCCCUGGAGGAAGAGCUCACAAUGGUGAAUACACCGAAAAAACUGGCCAAGAAGCUCCGUAACUCCUUUGGAAAGACCGCUGGGAAGAAGCUAUGCCCUCUGCUGGACAGUCCAGACCCUGACACCUUCCUGCAGUACAACCCUAUACCCUUUGGAGCCAAAUACAACCUGCUGGCCUACACUACACUAUGUCUGCCUGAGGCUGAAGGCAGCUUUCAGUCUCACUCCCUCAUUGUCCUCCAAGACGCUGAGUGGUCAUCCUGGCUUCCGCUUUAUGGCAACCUCUGCUGCCGGUUGGUGGCCCAGCCAGCCUGCAUGACACAGAGCAUGAUGACUGGCUACCUGAGCCAGAAGCAAAGUGUGGAGGGCAUGUACCACUGCUGCAGUCUUUACUGUGUGCUGAGUUCCGGCUUACUGUCCUGUUACUUCACACCGGAAGAAAUUGAUGCUAAAGUGCAGCCCACUCUCACUGUACCCAUCAACAAGGACACGCGGAUCCGUGUGAUGGAGAAGGAGACAGGAGGCCACAAAUCCAGAAGUCUGUCCAUCAUCAACCCUUCACCAGACGGGUCUGAGACCAUCGUCUUCACCACAGAAACCAACGAGGAGCUGGAGGACUGGCUGGAUGCCCUCCGCCAGCACCUCUAUGAUCAGAGCCAGUGGCUGCACUGCUGCAACCAGCUAAUGAAGAUCGAGGUCGCGUCACCACGGAAACCUUCACUCUUCCUCACCAAGCAGCCCGACUCUGUUUACAAUGACCUCAGCAUAAAUUCACCUGGCAAGUUUGAAAGCAUCACAGACAUGAUCCACAAUAAGAUAGAGGAGACAGAUGGCCACUUUCUUAUUGGUUGUGAAGAGGAGAAGGAAGCGCCUAAUUGGUCCACUCUGUUUGACGGGUCCCAUUCAGUGGUGGUGCAGAAGGGUAUUCUGUCCCAGAGCAAAACCUCCACACCUUGUACAAGCCCCACUCCCAACACCAGCUCUAUGUCCACUGGCAACAAGAAGCGACGUGCCCCACCCCCUCCCUCUGACCGAGAGCCUAAUGCUCCUCCCAGCCGUCCCGCCAGACCUCCCCUUCCUGCUUCUCUUCAUCAUCAUCCUCCUCUUCCUCCCUCACACCAGGAGAAGGAGAACUCCGGCACUUGCACUUCCCGCCCGGCCACAAGAUCCAAAACUGGCAGACCAUCUCUGGAUGCCAAAUUCUCUGCCAUCAUCCAGCAGCUCCAGCGGAGCAACGCUGGGGGAGCUGGUGCCCUCAGCCGGAAAAACGCUCCACUGGGCGUCCUCGAUGUACAACCACAAAGUCAGCCUCAGCCUCCUCUCCAGCAGCUGGAGUACCAGUCACACCCUACCCAGCACCCUGAAGCCACGGGUGAACAUGGCUUCCUCAGACCAAGUCACGGUCCUGGUCCUAUUCCUGCACCAAGGAGCAAACUGAGGAAGUCUUUCAGAGAGAGGAUGAACCUUAAAGCCCUGUGACCUUGACCUUCAACAACAACUGGAUUCAACAAACAAUCCUACCUAGUUACCACUAAUACCCCUAACGACAACAUUAGUAAGAAUCUUUCAACUGAGCUCUUCAACAUUUAUAAAAUUGACUGCACCUCCAAUAGCAAUAUUGUAACAUUUUGGGCGUGACUGUUGGUGUGGUCAAUCUUCAAAGUUCAAACUUUUGGGAUAUAUGCUUAUACAGUAUGUUUCGUUGCCUAGUUACAUGAAAAGAUCCAUACCACUCUCAUAUCUGCACACUAAAUAUGAAGCUGGAGCCAUGAGAUGGUUAUCUUAGAUUAGCAGAAAGACUGGAAACCGGGUCAGUUGUCUCUUUCCAAAAGGUAACAGAAUCUGCCUGCCAGCACUGCUAAAGCUUCCUAGCUAAGAAAUAGGCACAAAACCUCCUGUAAAUUUGCUUUGGUCUUUGUAUGGAAUAAAUUAACAAGAUAACUUAUUAAUUGGUGACCUUUUUAAAGGUCCUGGUUGGUAUACUUUUUUUCUCCUUUGGACAGAGAGCCCCCCCUUCGCUUUCAGUCUUUAUGCUGAGCUAAGAUACCCAUCUGCCAACUCCGACUUCAUAUUGAGCUGAUAGAAAAGAGAGUGGUAUCGAUCUUCUCAUAUUAUUUUCCAAAAUAUUAACCUAUUUCUUCAACCUAAAGGAUGUGUGGGUGACCUGGUCUCUUAAACAAUCUUCAACAUGUCCAUCAUGACGACCCUAAUCUCAGUCUACAGCUCAUAUCACAAUACCAAUAUUGUAUUGAUACAUCUCUAGUUCUACUCUCCAUUUAUACAUUAUUUCAUGUGCAGCUAGCCCAUGGAUGAAACUAAAGCUGUGUGUUGGCUUGAACACUGCCAUCAUCUAUUCCGCUAAAAUGGAAAGGCUAAUUUCUCAGCUCCACCACUGGAACAUGAAACGAAGAAAGUGCCUUCGCAAAAGCACUCAAAUUGGAAUUGAUCCAUUGGCCGACUAUGAACAAGUCAUUCCUUUUGGAACUAUUGACUUAUUCUACUUACUGUGACAACUUUAUGACCACUAUAGCGGAUUUUAAGGGAACAGGAUUUUAGGAGCAAUUGCAAGCACUAAUGUGACUUCUCCAUUUCCCAGAGGUCUUAAUAAUGGAGUGACCUUGGUUUUCAGUGGCUACGCCGUAUGUCCUACAUUAAUUUAACAUUGAAGCCUAAAAAUGCAAUGAACAUAAUCGAAUGAAUGAGUCUUUUGAGUGGUUCAAAUAAUGAAUGUUCUUGUGUUAAGGUUUUGACCAUAUCCAAUACUGCCAGCCCCUAAAUAUUUCAACCACUUAACAGUCACAUGUUGAAGAAUGGUCUUCAUACUUUAAUUACACAGAGUGUACAAAACGUUAGGUUUAGCUACUUUAUCUGAAAUUGCCUGGCCAGAGAAAGCAGUAUAGUUAACGCUACAAUCCCAUUUUUUACCCUCACCCUCUAUAAUUCAGUUUAAUCAAGAGGGGUAGAUGGAGAUUUUGGGUGAGGCGGAUUACAGGAGGAUUUAGAUUAAACCUUGAGAGAAACAAGAAUGGAUUGUACAAAAGAGGAUGCUGUUUAAUAUUAGCAGUGUGCUCAUAAUGUCAUUGUGUGUUACCAAUAUUUAGUCAUAUUGAUGUCGUACUGUACACACCGGG